GAAGAAAAACUUAUAGUCGUGGUUACUCUCUUCACUCUAUUCUUCUUCUUCUUCUUCUGCUUCAGUCUUCGCUGAAAUCCCUAAACCAACAAAAUGGCGUCGCGUCGGCUCUUAUCCCCUCUUCUCCGAUCAUCGGCCAAAUUCCCGAUCUCAAACUAUAACCCCACUCUCUCAACCCCGUCGCAAUCGCCCCUCCGGGAUGCUCUUCUCAGCGGCCACCGUAUGCUCCACGCCGCUUCUUCUCUCACCACUAAUUCACAGGUGCCUGCUUUGCUUUGUCGUAUCCCAUCUGCUGUCCAAUACCAAGCUACUACAGCUACUUAUCUUGGAGGGUUUAGAACAACCUACCAGCGUUUCAUCUCUUCUGCCCAAGCUAUUAAUGUGCCUUCUGUCCAACAGACUCUUGCUACUAGAACUAAGGUUGUUGACUUUCUUGCUCCAUACCAAAGAAGAGGAAAUAUUGGGUUAUUUGGUGGGGCUACUGUAGGGAAGAAUUACGCUUACUAUUCAGCUCAACCUGGUGGUGGUGGAAGUGGAGGAUUCCGAAAAGGAUGGCGCAAGGGAAGAAUGCAUGGACUUUCUUGUCGAGGUAAUCGUAUCAGCUUUGGUAAAUAUGGUCUUCAAGCGCUUGAACCUGCUUGGAUCACAGCUAGACAAUUAGAAGCAGGGCGGAGAGCUAUGUCACGAAAUGCACGUGGCGGAGGGAAAAUAUGGGUACGAGUAAUUACAGACAAACCAGUUACAGCAAAGCCUACAGAAGUACGUAUGGGGAAGGGAAAAGGAGCUGUCUCGCAUAGGGUGGCUGUUGUUUUACCAGGGAGAAUACUUUAUGAAGUGAGCGGAGUUGCAGAAAAUGUAGCCAGAAGGGCUAUUACAAUAGCUGGAUCGAAAAUGCCUAUAAAAACUAAAUUUGUCGUCUCAGGGUAGGAAUGUAGGACGAAAGGAAAGAGUUAUUGGACAGGAGAAGCGAUUUCAAGUUUCUUUUUUCUGUUUUGAACGGACGGUUUCACCAUUUUUGUAUUGAAAUGGAAAGACCUGAUAAAGGAAGUAAUAUGAUUCAAGCUCAAACUAACCCAUUUGAAUUUGAUUGUGUAUUAGAAGCAUAGGAGUAUGCUCAUUAUUG